AUGUUCGCCAUCCCUAUCGUCCGGGCUUCCAACAGGUCCCAGGAGGCGGAGUGCAAGCCAACAGCCGACGUCGACGCUGACCGCAACAGCGAAGACACUGCAACUACUGGACCUGCCAGUCCAGAAUUGAUGCUUAUUGCCAUUCCUGAGUAUACGCAGCAGCCGCAAUCUCCACGAACGUCAAGAUUCGCUCAGAAACUACAGGAUGCGAGUCCACGUCAUCAAAGGUCACCUCCUCGAGAAGCCUCGCAAACACAGUUUCGCGAACGAUGGCGAAAAUGGCGAACUUCUAACGAAAUAGACGUCAAGCUGCGUGCCAAGAGAGCUAGUAUCAACCGCGAGCUCGCUGGUAUGAAUCCUGAACCAGGAGAUGCUGGAAAGCAGCAGGCAGUGGACACGAGUAUACCAGCUUACCGACGUAACCAGAGGAGAUGGCGCAAAGUACAAGGAUCCCCGUGGCCGAGCAUGCCUCUUAGAACCGAAUUCGAGGAAGAUGUUGUGGACGAGGCUUAUCGGACUAUGAGUCCGAGAGAACAGAGAACCUUUCGCCAAGACUUCGACUAUGCUCCAGACGAGUAUGUGGUUCUUCCGAAGGCUGAGACGCUGGAUAAAGCGCAGAGGCUUGGUGAGGAGUUCGUGCGGAAGAGGAAGGCUGGCGAGCUGGAGGGAGAGGACGAAGGUGAUGAGGAGGUUUAA